AUGUCUGAACCAUCACUGCCAACAUCUACUAUCGUGGCAGCGACAUCCUCCGACCAACCUUCACCGACAAUAUCUCCCUUUAUUCUCGCCUUCAACAUUGUCGUCGCCGUCUUCAGCUGGUUCUUCUCAUUCAAUUGGUCCGGCCUCUUCUCACGACUCUUGACCGUUAUCAGGCUUCCCUUUCGCCUUAUUCUCUUACCGCUGUCUUUUUUUGCAAAUGUGCUUCUCACUGUGUUUGCACCAGCUAUAUACCUUUUCUCGUACACUAUUUCUAGUGUGCGUUCUAUAUGGGCGUUUUUCGCUAGUUUAGAGCCACUUUACACCUUUUUUGGCGCCGCAGCUGGUGUUGGCAUCUUAGCUGGCAUCACCUUGGCCAUCUUCUCAUCUCUCAUUACAUCCUACCUGGGAAUGCAGAAUGACGACCCGGCCUCGAGAGGCCCGGUUUCUAAGGAGAACUUGCUCGAGCCUAGCAGUCGACGAGACUCGCAGUCAUCGGGCACCGAGCUUGACUGGCAAUGGCUUGAUUCAUCCAGUCAAAGACGGCGACCAGCUAGUGGUUUACUUUCACAGACAAUUCUCGAGGAGGAGGAUGAUUCGGAGUACUGA